AUGCAGCGCUCGCAAGGGACUACGCUGCGACAGACAACUCAGGUCCUGCCGGCGUCCCAGGGGCCCCCGCCGGCUAGCGCGGCAAAUCCGCACAGACAGCGAGACCAGAGCUUCCAGCAGCAGCAAGGAGCAGCCGAAGCUGCUGUUGCUCACCAGGCUCAUCAAGGUACUGUCUGUCGGCCUACUGAGGCUGCAGAUGCUCUUACGACAGCAUCUCACAAGGGCCAUGCCCCUUCCCUGGAGUCGAUGCCUAGCAAAGAUGUGGCUCCUGUUCCAGCUCCGGAAAGCAGCUACUGCUUUGGGCCUAACGGUAGAAAGGAGAGGCUCAGAAGGAUUCAAAUUAGUGGCGAUACCACAUGGGUCAUUCCACAGCGCUUUCGCUAUCUCAAGAGAAUCGGAAGCGGUGCUUACGGAUGCGUAGCCUCCUUUGAGGAGACAGGGGAAAGCGGGGUUUCUCGGGUGGCUGUCAAGAAGAUAGGCGACCUAUUUAGGGAUAUGGUUGACGCGAAGAGAAUCCUGAGGGAAAUUAAAAUACUUAAAGCCCUCCAACACGAAAACAUGAUACAUCUACUGGAGAUCCUGGACCCCCUCACGCCGGACUUCGAGGAUAUAUAUCUCGUUAGCGACCUAAUGGAUACAGAUCUCCACCGCGUCAUCUACAGUCGGCAGCCGCUUACUCAUGAGCACCACCAAUAUUUCCUGUACCAAAUUCUGCUAGCUCUCGCGUUUCUGCACGAGGCUAACGUCAUUCAUCGAGAUCUCAAACCCAGUAACAUCCUUGUUAAUUUAAACUGUGAUGUAAAGAUUUGCGAUUUCGGUUUGGCACGGGGAGUCAGCGGCACUUGCAAGGAGGCCAAGACCAAUAUGCAGCAGGAGGAGCCAACGUGCUCCCCUUCUGACCGCCUCACAGAUUCGCAGUUAAGUGUAAUGGAAACAGAUGGGUCCCAGCAAGUAGCCCCUGCUUCGUUGCCCGGAGGGACCAACAAAGCUCCGGGCCCCUGUUCCCGCUUGGUGGGUCGGUCUUCGUGGGCUUCUCUGCAACGGGCAAUCGAAGCAGCAGCAAGCCCUGCUAACGAGGAGAUGACGGAUUAUGUCGUCACCAGGUGGUAUAGACCGCCAGAGCUGUUGAUCUUUCCCUAUCACUAUUCCAAGCCGGUGGACAUCUGGUCUGUGGGUUGCAUAAUGGCUGAGCUCUUGGGCCGUCGCGCACUUUUUGCAGGUAAGGAUCAAUAUGAUCAGCUUCGCCGCAUCAUUCGAAUAUGCGGCUCUCCGUCAGAGUCCGACCUAUCAUUUCUGCUGAGCGCCAAGCUAGAAGAGGCUCCUGGGGGCAAGCCGACAAAGCGAAGAAUGAAAAUAAACAGACAAUUCAUAGACCAGCUUCCCCACUCAGAUGGAAUCUCGUUUUCGUCUCUGUUCCCAGGCGCCUGUCCCCAGGCCCUGGACCUCUUGCGUCGGCUACUGACGUUUAACCCCAGCAAACGCAUUACAGCUCUUGAGGCCCUCCGCCAUCCAUACUUCCGGGGUUUGUAUUGUCAAGAAGACGAGCCCAAAGCCACCCAGGCAAUGGACUGGUCCUUUGACAGCUUUGUUCCCACAAAGAGACUGCUACAAAACAUGAUUUACAAGGAAAUUCUCUCGUUUCACCCCAACAUCGCCCUGAGGGACAGAGCGCUGCUCCAGGCACGGGGCGUAUCUACGCAGCAACUUGUGCCACUGCUGCCCAAACAGCUGGCAGCCUCCUUGCUUCAGUUGGACGAGGAGGAACGGAGGGAACAAGAGCAACAGCAGCGGGAACAUGAACAAAUGCUGCAGCAGCAGCUUCAGCAGUAUCUCCAACAGCAGCGGGAGCAACAGCAGCAGCAGCAACAGCAGCAGCAACAGCAGCUACUUCUGCAGCAGCAACAGCAGCAGCAGAAGCAGCAGGAGGAACAGCGGCAGAGGAACCCUCUAGCCCACCGCUCUUGCUGCAGCGCCCCGGCAGCUUCGUCGACUGGAAGCGCGAGAGAGGACGUGCCUCAGCAGCCACUGCUGCCAACAGCAUCGGCACAAGCAGCACCGGCAGUAACAGUUCGCCCUGCUCCUACUUCAACCGCCGAAAACAACCGACUUCUGGCGAACAACUUAGGCGGGGGCCCUCCACGGGGCCCCUUGACCUCUUCAUUCGGGCUGGCCAUGAACCCGCAAAAGCAACAGCAGAACCAGCAACAGCUUUUUGAAGGACUCCAUGUCAGCAGCUGCCUUGCACACCAGCAGCUUCUCCAGCAGCACAGACAAGCCCUACUUCUGCAGCAGUCUCCGUAUUGCCCCGUGCAGCAGCAAACACGUCAGCGGUUGACUGCAGCAGCAGCAGCAGCAGCAGCAACGGGUGUCCCUCCUAGACACUCCAUCGGGGCCAUUGUUCACAAAUCUGCUGGGCUUGGGAGUCAGCAGCCUCCGUCGGUUGCGACAGCACCUGCUAUUUCCUUUCCUCAGAAGCAUUGCCACCAGCAGCAGCAGCAGCAGCAAGAGCAGCACUUCUCGCCCCAAAUGUAUAUGGGUUCAUCGGCUCCUCAGCAGAGCUUAAAAAGGCAGGCUACAGCUGUUGCUGCACACAGCAGCACGGUCUGUUCUCCCAUGCAGCACCAAUUUACAAGCUUACAGCUUUCUGACAUGCUCCAGCUGCAGCAGAAGCAGCUGCAGCAAAAGCAUUUGCAACAGCAGCUAGCUAGCAGCUGCUGCGGCAGCUACUGCUGCGACAACCGCUGCGUUGCUCCUUCAACUGAGGGGGACAGCGCAGCGUCCUCGGGAAGCAACAAGCCCCUCCGGCAGAACAUAAGCAGCAGCACAGCAGCAGCAGUAGAUGCUAGCUCUCUCCGUAACUGGACCACUGGCCACAGCAGACAACAGAGCCGCUGCAGCAACAGCAGUGACAGCAGCUGCUGUGCAUCUUCUUGGCCCUCAACAGGCAGCCGCAACACAACCCGAUCUUCGUUUGGAGGAGAUGCCGCCUUUGGGUCAGGUGAGGGUUACCCGCAACAGCAGCAACAGCCACAAUUGCAGCAGCAACUGCAGAAGCAACAGCAACUGGCUUUUCUUCACCGCGUUAUGCAGCAACAAAUGGCUCGGCAGCAGCAGCUCAUCGAGCAGCAAAAGUCACAACUAAGUAAGCAGCAGCUACAGAAGCUGAAUCUUGCGUGUUCACCGACACCUCAAUUGCAGCGGCAGUUACAGCAGCAGCUGCACCAGCAGGGCACCAGGCUGCGAGCGGGAUCAGAUUAUGGAGGAGUCAGAGGUGAAAGAACUGCAACCGACGCAGCGGCUGCAGCAGCAGUCAAUACACGAUGGAUGCUGCCGACUCAGCAACAGCAGAAGCAGCAGCAGCAGCACUAUGCUUCCUAG